AUGUCGAUGCAUCUGAGAUCUUCACUGCGGCGAGCCCUGCUGCUGGCCAACAAGACAAACAUAUGCCCGGCUGCUUCCAUCAGCAGCCAGAAUUCCGCACUGGGAUCCGCCAUCGCCUCUUCAUCGCCAAAGGUCAAACCGGAGAUCAAAACCUACGAGAACAACAUUGUUACAUCGCCGUACGCCGACUGCGCAUUCCACGACAUGACACUAACCCAAAAAUUCUUUGAAAGCGCUGCCCGUUGGCCGGACAAAGUCGCAUUGGAAUGCGGUGUUUCUGGACGUCGAUACACUUACAACACGAUGAGUCAAGCGGUCCGUCGCUUCGGUAGCGCAUUGACCCGUAUGGGAUUCAAAAAGGGCGACGUUAUGGGCAUUGUUUCUCCUAAUGUUCCUGAAUUUCCUAUCGCCGUGUUCGGAUCCGCUGGUGCUGGCAUGCCCGUCGCUCUGGUCAACCCUGCCUACACUCCAGAUGAAAUCGCCAGACAGAUGACUCUUGUCGGAGCCACUGCUCUUUUCGGAGUUGCUGAGAUGACCGAAACGCUGAAAGCAGUUGCCCAGCUUUGCCCGACCAUCCAACGCGUCAUUUUGUUGGGUCCGACCCAGGAGGGAUGCGUUUCCUAUCAAGAUAUGAUGCAGGAUUCUGCCGAUAUGUUUAACGACACUAUCGACAUCGACAUCAACAAAGAUAUUUUCAUUCUUCCCCACUCAAGCGGCACUUCUGGAUUGCCGAAAAAUGUUAUGCUGACUCACUCGACUGUUGGCAAAAACGUGCAGCAGUACCUACACCCCGAGGGCACAAACAACCGACCUGCCACAGCAACCCAUCAGGAGACUUACAUCGGUUUGCUGCCGUUCUUCCAUUCUUACGGCAUGGUCGGAUUACUGCUCUCCGCAGUUGAGAGUGGAUCCAAACUGGUGACUCUACCCCGUUUCGACGUGCCAACUUUCCUGAAAGCCAUCGACGACCACCAGCCGACUUACUUGCACUUGGUGCCGCCUUUGGUGUCACUUUUGACAAACCUUCCCGCAUUGAAGGCCGAAUCCUACAGCCGAGUUCACACCAUUUUCUGUGGUGCGGCACCCCUCGGGGCUCCAGCGGCUAUGAAACUCCUGGAACGAUUUAAAAAUCCAAUCAGCUUCCAAGAAGCAUACGGACUGACUGAAAUGUCGCCCGGAGUGAUGAUGAGUCCACUGGACAACAAGAAAUUGGGCUCUUGCGGCGCGCUGUUUUCCAGAACUCAGGCCAAGGUGAUGGACCUGGAAACUGGCCAGAGGGCCUUGGGUCCUUACGAGGACGGAGAACUUUUCGUCACUGGCCCGCAAGUCAUGAAGGGCUACUACAAAAACCAAAAAGCCACCGACGAGAUGAUUGGAGUUGACGGAUGGCUCCGCACUGGCGAUGUCGGCCACUACGACGAAGACGGCCACUUUUUCAUCGUUGACCGGCUCAAGGAGCUCAUCAAAGUGAAAGCCUUCCAGGUCGCUCCUGCUGAACUGGAAGAAAUCCUUACCACCCAUCCGGCUAUCAAGGAGGCAGCUGUCAUUGGUAUCCCUGAUGAACGAGCCGGAGAAUUGCCCAGGGCUUACGUCGUCAAGAAGCCCGGAAUGGAAUCGGUCAGCGAUUUUGACAUCCACGCCUUCAUCGACGCCAAGGUGUCGGCCCAUAAGCAAAUCAAGGGCGGCAUCGAGUUUUGCUCGUCAAUCCCCAGGAACAACAUGGGCAAGAUUCUCCGACGAGAAUUGCGAGUCCAGUAUGCCAAUAACUCUGGCAAGUAAACGAGUUGCAGCAUUUUGAUUGCACAACUUUGCUCACGCUACAUAUUACCUAUUGCGAGGUUUAUGGCGGGCCUCAUCAAAUGACACCUGUAAAAAACCUCCGUUUAAAACUAUUAUUAUUCUCAUCAAAACAUUUCGUACACCUAAAUAACUAUCCGAGGGAUUUAAAAAAAAACUGUAUAAAAAUUACAUAUGUGAUACUUACCUGUAAAUACAAAUGGUUAAAUUUAACAAAGGCUAUCCGAGUAAAAA